UGGGUGUGUUAUCAUCAUCAUUUCAUUCACAUUUAUAAGAGCCAAUCAUUCUGGGAAAAAAAGAAAAGGACUAGUCUCUGCAGGGGUCAUGCGCGCACUCAGAAAUGGCUAAGAUCUUCUUCUUGGCAAUAUUGAAAGCUACUUUAGUUCUCACAAUUGUUAUGGUUGUUAAUGGCGAAGACCAAUCAGAUUUCAUCAGUAUUGACUGUGGAAAAUCAGACGUGUCGAGCUACACAGAUGAAAAAACGAGUAUCGUUUACUCUUCUGACGAAAAGUUCAUCGAAACUGGCGUAAACAGGGAGAUAGCACCAGCUUACAGAGUGUCGAGCCAAGAUCAGCAGCUCUGGAAUCUACGCUUCUUCCCUGAAGGAAUCAGAAACUGUUAUAAUCUGAAUCCUUCUCUAGGCAAAGGUAACAAAUAUUUGAUCCGAGCAAGGUUCUUGUAUGGAAACUAUGAUGGCGAAAACAAAAUCCCAAAAUUCGAUUUGCAUCUUGGAGUUGAGUUGUGGAAAACAGUUUCAAUUGAUGGUAUGAGUAGUGCAUUAGAUUUGGAAAUCAUACACACCCUUUCUUCGGAUCACAUAUAUGUUUGUCUAGUAAACACAGGCUACGGAACUCCAUUCAUAUCAGCCUUAGAGAUACGGCAUAUUGACAUUGACAAUGACGGUGUAUACAUUACUGAUACUGGAUCACUCCUACUCCAUGAUCGCUAUGCUUUCUCUUUACCUACAAAACUAUUCAAGACGAGGUACCGAGAUGAUGCAUAUGAUCGCUUAUGGAAUCCACUUGGUUGGACACCAUUUAUCGAAGGCCCCUCUACAAAUAAUGAGAGCUCUAUAAGGAAGAACGAAUUCAAAUUACCCUUCUCUGUCAUGAACACUGCACAUGUACCAAAUACAGAUUCUCGUUCUUUGGGUAUUUCUUGGAAAAAUUUUGAUAGCUUGGACAGCUACAAAUUGUACUUCCACUUUACGGAACUAGAAAAGCUCCAAGCAAACCAAUCUAGAGAGUUUAACAUUUCCGUCAAUGGAGCUUUCUGGAUUGCAGUUGUUCCCAGAUACUUAGCUCAAUAUACUAUAUACAGCGAGAAAGCUGAGAGAUUUGAAUUAGGAAAACUGGAGAUACGUCUCAACAGCACCGAGAAAUCAACCUCACCGCCCCUAAUCAAUGGAUUGGAGGUAUAUAUGGUAAAGGAGUUCUCAGGAAGAGAAACAAAUCAAGAUGAUGUGGAGGCUAUCUCAACUAUCAAAUCGGUGUACGAAUUGAAUAAACUUAAGUGGCAAGGAGAUCCUUGUGCCCCGGAAGAUUACAUGUGGGAUGGUCUAAAUUGUAGUUACAGUACUACUGAUAAUUCGCAAAGAAUUGUUUCCUUAAAUUUGUCGUCAAGUGGAUUGAAAGGGGAAAUUACUACAUCUAUUGCCAAUCUUACAUUGUUACAAAACUUGGAUUUAUCUAACAACAACCUCAGUGGAAUCGUGCCUGAAUUUUUAGCUCAACUGUUAUUCCUUGGAGUUUUGAACUUGAGCGGAAAUAAUUUCACAGGUCCUAUUCCAGAUGUGCUUCUUCAGAGAAAAAAGAAUGGAUUAUUAUUAAGCAUUGAUACAAAUAAUUCUAGCAGUAGUAGUAAUAGUCCAUGUUCAUCGAAGUCUUGCGGAAAGAAGAAAAACUUUGUUCUACCACUGGUUGCAUCACUCGGUGGACUACUUUUAGUCAUCUGCUUUACCACUGUGAUUAUUAUCUGGAGACGUAAAAGGAGACAUGAUCAUAAAUCUGCUAUCAGUUUGGAAGGUAGAAACUUAGAGGAUGAAUCAUAUAUCAACAAAAUGCAACAAUACACAUACUCUGAGAUUCAAAAAGUAACCAACAACUUUGAGAAGGUAUUAGGCGAAGGCGGAUUUGGAAAGGUUUACUAUGGUUACUUAAAUGGCAUUGAAGUAGCAGUGAAGAUGCUUUCUUCUUCAUCCAUGCAAGGACAUCGACAAUUCCACGCAGAGCUAAAACUACUUUUGAGAGUUCAUCAUAAAAACUUAACUACACUAGUUGGGUUCUGCAAUGAGGGGUCCGAAGUUGGACUCAUUUACGAGUACAUGGCAAUGGGAAACUUACGAUCACAACUUUUAGGAGGUAACAGUAGUAGUGAUAUGAUCUUGAGUUGGAAACAGAGACUUCAAAUAGCAAUAGACACUGCACAAGGAUUGGAAUACCUGCAUAACGGAUGCAAGCCGCCAAUAGUUCAUCGAGAUGUUAAAUCAACAAAUAUCUUGUUAAAUGAAAAGCUUCGGGCCAAAUUAGGCGAUUUUGGCCUCUCCAAAGUCUUCGCUAACAAUUAUACAUCAACAUUUGAUGUUACCACGCCUGCUGGUAUAUCGGCAAGUAUUGUUGGCACUCCUGGCUACCUUGACCCUGAGUACUUUAUAUCAAAUUGGUUGAACGAGAAAAGUGAUGUUUACAGUUUCGGAAUUGUUUUAUUGGAGAUAAUCACAGCUCAACCUGUGGUAGCAACAACAGUACAACAAGGUAAUCAUCUAAUUAAAUGGGUUAAUUCCAUGAUUGCAAAAGGAGAUAUUAAAAACAUUCUCGAUCCAAGGUUGGAAGUAGAUACUGUUGAUACUAAUAUUGUCUGGAAAGUAAUUGAAAUAGCAAUGGCUUGUGUCGCAAAAACUUCCACCAGUAGGCCAACCAUGAGUCGGGUAGCACUUGAUUUGCAGGAGUGUUUGACAACAAAUAUACCUCGAAACAACAACCAUCUUGAGACUGAUCAAGAUCAAUAUUCAACGGAUUUAGAUGGAAUAAUCUCCAACGAUAUAGCUUCAGAAUUUUCUCCAUUAGCUAGGUAAUGAAUAAAUCUGAGACCAAAGAUAAUGAGGAUGAAUGAUGGCAUAGUAAUUUGGGCUGAAUACUUCUUUAAGUUUUGUUUGCUUGUUUUUUUAUUUUCUGUAAUUGUAUUUCUGAAUAAAUUUUGUAAACCUAUAGAUACAUUUUUUGAGCAAACGUUCUAGUUCUAUUUCUUUAAAUAAUUAAUAAAUACAUAAAUAUUUAUGUUAGAACCUUA